GGUAUUGCUGUUUGUAAUGUCAACAAGAUUAGUAAAACAAAAGCGCAUUCUUUUGCAGAAUAUCUUCAUUCGAAUUUCCCUCUUGUCAGGGAAACAUUUAAAGAAAAAUCUGACCUCUUAAAUGCCAUAAAGCUCCUAGCAAAUCUUUAUGAUUUAAAUAUCAGUGACAGCAUUGUCGAAGCAACGUUACAAGAAUUGUUGGAAAAAUACGAUAACUUAACCAAAAGCUAUGAUCCUACCGAAAGACUUAUACAAUUGGCACCGACCUGUCAGGACGUGUUGCUAAAAUGCAAAUGGGGAGGCAUCGAAUACGAUUGCCAUGAAAUAAUUUUUUCUAGGAUAACGUUUGAUGGUAUCUGUUGUAUUUUCAACUAUAUACGACCAAUAGGCAGACCUAAAGUGUUCAAAAAAUUGAACAAAAACAACAAUUUGCCAUUCGAAGCACGAAAUGGGAUGGGUUCAGGUCCGAAAAAAGGACUGCAGUUAGUAAUGAAAGACACUUCGGACGAUUAUUUUGUAACUACUACCGAUAUCAGAGGAUACGUCGUAUCCAUUUUCAACCCUAUGGAUUUUCCUGAUAAAAAUAGCGGUUCUUUGUCGGAAGUUAUGGCAAACGUGGGCACAGAAGUAUUUAUCGGUAUAAAAGUUUCUAUAACGAAUCCCAAUAAGGCUAUUCGAAUAUUGCCAACAAGGAUGAGAAAAUGUAUUUUCCACGACGAGCUUCAUACCGAUUUUGGAAAUUACAGGCACAGCGAUUGUUUGGCAUCAUGUAAAAUGCAUGCAAUGAAAAUGUUAUGCCAAUGUAUUCCCUUUUCCCAACCUGUAGAUGAUUAUAAUUACUGUACAUUGACUGAUUUACCUUGUUUGUCAAAUUUCUACAGAAAAUGGACCAGUUAUUAUCCAGAAAAUGAAGACUCUCCAGCAUUAAAUUUUGAGAGGGAGAAUUCUAUCGAUUGUAGACAUUGUUUUUCAGUCUGUAAAGAUCAAACUUAUUUCGUAUCAGUAGAUGUUUUACCGAUAGCAAUAAAUCCCACGAACAUCACCUACGUGAAUGUAUUUUUUGAACGAUCUUUCGGAGAUUCUUUAAAGAUUGAUUUGGUGCAAUAUUGGUACGAAUUAGUCAGUAGUUGUGGAGGAUUCAUUUCAUUAUUAAUGGGUCUCAGUUUUAUAAGUUUUGCAGAAAUGUUUGUGUUGAUGUAUAAGUUAGUGGUUUUUUGUUUGCGCAAAAGAAAACAAUCUAAGAUCUUUGGUGUUGUUACGAUAGUAAAACAGACAGGGGCAGCGGUUGUGCCCACUACCAAUAAUAAAUCAAAAGCAGAGUUGUAUAGAAACAAUUAUGUUAAUUUUUUCUAUUAA